UCCGUGUCAGUUUUACCAGUUGCUUCCGUUCAUUCAUGAAACUGGCCGCCACAUAGUCAGUUGAAUCCCGACCGGCACCGCGUCCGGUAGCACUUCUAAUCGCUCCCGGUUUCAUCCGAUUCGGAAUCUUUACCUAUCUUUAGCCCUAUUGUGGGUUUAAGUAGGUUUCUACUUAAAACAUUAAAGUGAUAGUGCCAGUGUUUGGCUAGAUUUUUGGCAGAUCUGGAUAUGGUACGAUAACUCGCAAGUUAAUAGCGGAGGAAAUUUAUCCACCCCAAGAGUGCGACGUGAUGCGAAUGUGAGAUAAACUAAAAGUCCAUGUGCAUCGGGCAGAAGUUGAAGUGGUUUCAUCGCUGGUUUGCAAUUACCGUUUUCUAUUGAAUCUCGUUUGAUCUGGAUCUACCAAAGCGGAUUUCAAGUGGUUGAUGGUACCGCUCCCGGCAGUUGUAACUUGUGUGCGACGAAAUCAUGGAAAAGGAUGUUCUACCAAUCGGAAGUGACGGCAAAAAGUGUUUAUCUGAGUUUACGAGAGGAGGAUACACGGUAUCAGCGGCUACAGAUCUCGAAUGGAAUGGUGCAAGUGUUUCACCGUAGUUUGCUGCUUUGAAGAUUGAAGUUCAGUGGAGUGAAAUUGUACAACGAAUAAAACCAAUAAAUCAGUUGUGAAGAAUGAGAUGAAAAGCUUAUUUGAUUAGUAAAUCGAAGCAAAUUGGCUGCUCUGUGAAGUGGAUCAGUGAUCGUUUUGCCUGAGUAUAUUUGAAAGAAUUUACGAACCUGUACCAGUGUACCUGCUCCGAGAGAGUGGAUUAUCUGUUGGUGAAGCUUAUAUUUAGCAUCGACAAAGGAAUACCAAACCAACUUGAAGCAUGCGAGCUGUGGACGGCAUCGCCUUCCAUUAUGCAAACAACAACACACUCAACGGCAGCGACGUGGAAAUCGUCAAAGAGCAAGAUGCGCUCUAUGACGUCCCGGUCGGGUUGGUCGUGCUGUUGUCGAUAUUCUACGGAACCAUCAGUAUUAUAGCUGUGAUAGGCAACUCGCUAGUGAUAUGGAUCGUCCUGACGACCAAACAGAUGCAAACCAUCACGAACAUGUUCAUCGCGAACCUGGCCCUGGCCGAUGUCACCAUUGCGGUGUUCGCCAUUCCCUUCCAGUUCCAGGCGGCCGUGCUGCAACGGUGGAACCUGCCGGAGUUCAUGUGCCCCUUUUGUCCGUUUGUGCAACUGUUGAGUGUGAACGUGUCGGUUUUUACUUUGACGGCCAUCGCCGUUGACCGACACCGGGCCAUCAUCAACCCCCUCAGGGCACGUGCAUCGAAAAACAUUUCCAAAUUUGUAAUCAGUGCCAUCUGGAUGAUGUCGUUUGCGCUGGCCGCCCCAACCCUGUUCGCACUGCGUGUGGUUCCCGUGUCGAUCGUUAGCCUUGGUGAAACCAACGAAACCUACAUCAACAUGACGAAACCAUUCUGCCAGGUGGUCAACUUUGAAGAGUCCGAAAUGCUGCUCUAUCGAUACAUCCUGACGCUGGUGCAGUACUUUGUGCCGCUUUGUGUCAUCAGUUUCGUGUACAUUCAGAUGGCACUGAGGCUGUGGGGCUCGAAAACGCCAGGGAAUGCACAGGACUCUCGCGAUAUGACGAUGCUGAAAAACAAAAAGAAGGUUAUAAAGAUGUUGAUCAUCGUAGUAGCCUUAUUUGGCAUCUGUUGGUUUCCGCUGCAGCUGUACAACAUCCUACACGUAACAUGGUCCGAAGUCAAUGAGUAUCGAUACAUCAACAUCAUUUGGUUCGUUUGCGAUUGGUUGGCUAUGAGCAAUAGCUGUUACAAUCCGUUCAUAUAUGGAAUCUACAAUGAAAAAUUCAAACGAGAAUUCCACAAGCGCUAUCCCUUUCGUGGGCGACACCAAAGCUACCACCAGGACCAGUUGACUGAUAAGACUCUUUCGAUGUUCACCCGCGUCAGCUCGAUUCGAUCCAGCUACGCAACGUCAUCGAUCCGGAACAAGUUCUACACGAGACCCGGUGGUGCCAGUGGGAAUAGCGGAAUCCACACCGGAGGAUACAGUGGCGGAGCUUUCUACCAAAAUCACAGUCCCCACCAGCAGCAAUCGUACAAAUCCACUAAUCUGAACAGUGCCACUGGUUAUCAGCGAAAUAACACUACCGAUAGAAAUACCGGUGGGAACGUUCACAACGGCACCACCGCGUGGGAUCCAAAAUGUUGCCCAUGUCGGCAAAAUUCGGCGAAGAGUUUAUCAACACGGACGUCGUCGUCCGUUGCUUGCCCGUAUCGAAUACCGCUGCCUGCUGUAUCGUGUGAUGGCGACAGUGGCAGCGAGGAAGGAGGUGGAUGUAAUGGCACGGGAGGUGGUCAUAGUCCAAUGAUAAACAGCGAUGAAAGACAGCUGCUCCGGGCAGAUAAUAAUCGUUUAAGUGCUUCUCUGAGAGUCGAGGACAUUCCCUUGGACCAUCCACAUCCGGACAGCGCAGAUGACGAGAAUGGCGUUUGAGCAAGAUGGGAGAUUGGAGCUGACAUGUGCUGGAAAAUUCGGCUGUGGCCCGGAAGCAACGAUAUCACUUGUGUACAGUAACAAUUAACCAGACUUGAACAAAUUGUGCAAUUAGGCCCGGUGUGUGAACCGCUUUAGGUAUGUGAAGCGAAUGUUGUGUUUUUUGAAUUUUACUGCUGAAUCGUGAUACAAAUGUCUUAUAUGUAUGUUAUUCAUAAGAAUCUUCCUGUCGUGCGACUUGUUCAACGAUGUCAUCGAAAUGAGAAGUGAACCAAACCAAACUCGAAUCACCUAUUUAUUGAAGUUUUAUUCAAUUUCCGUAAUAACGAAGCCAAAGAGCACAAAGUAUAGGGAAAUAAAGUUUACUUGUAUUAUGAUGAA